UUAGCAGAGUAGCAUGCUUCUAUUAUUCUGGGGCAUGUUACUGUCAUAGUGACUUAUGCAAGGGGAUGUCUAUAAAUCUUCUAUGUCACUACAGGCACAAUCAUAAAGCAGGAGAUAGCCCAGUCUUGCCUCCCCACAUUCCUGAUCCCCACAUCUGUUUCCUCUAUUCAGACAAGUCAUCCCAGAUCAUGCAGCAAAAUGGGAUCAGUAGUGUGAAUCAGUUAGGGGGGAUUUUUGUGAAUGGGCGACCUCUACCCAGAGAUAUUCGGCAGCAGAUUGUGAAACUGGCAGUCAGUGGAGUUCGGCCCUGUGACAUCUCUAGAAGUCUCAAGGUGUCUAAUGGCUGUGUGAGCAAGAUUCUGGGGAGAUAUUAUCGCACAGGUACCCUGGAACCAAAGGGCACUGGGGGAAGCAAGCCUCGCCUAGCCACACCCGCUGUGGUAGCUCGUAUUGCCCAGCUCAAGGGUGAGUGCCCAGCUAUCUUUGCCUGGGAGAUCCGUCACCAGUUAUGUGCUGAAGGGCUCUGCACCAAGGACAGGACACCCAGCGUCUCCUCCAUCAACCGCAUCCUGAGGGCCUUACAAGAAGACAAGAGGCUUCCUUGGACCCAGCUCACAAUACCAGAUUUUCCAGCUCCAGGUCUUUACUUUCCCCACAGUGGUUCUGAGGCAUCCCAGGUGGCCAAGCCAGGCCCACGUCAGCGAAAUCGAACUGUCUUCUCCCCAUUUCAGGCUGCUGCCCUGGAAAAAGAGUUCCAGAGAGUGCAAUACCCUGAUCCAGCUACCCGGGGAAAACUAGCUGCUGCCACCUCUCUGCCUGAAGCUACAGUGAAGGUUUGGUUUUCCAACCGAAGAGCCAAAUGGAGAAGGGAAGAGAAGUUGAAGUGGGAAACUCAAUUCCCAGGUGAUUGCUCCUUGAUCCUUAACACUCCAGGCAGAUUAAGUCCACAGUCCCCAACUCAUCUAUCUACCUGCCAUGCACUGCACCUACCCCACUUCCCUCAGCUUUCUACCAUAUCCUCCCCUGCCCUAUGGGUGAAGGAAAAUUAG